GAAUUUAUUAUUGUUUGUGUAGAUAAAUGUAAAAACUUGUGAUGAUUGUUUAAAUAACAAGUGAAAAAACAAACGGUUUUAUAUAAAAAUAACAGUUAUAAAAUCACUAGUUUGUAUUACCCAUCACUAUUGUUAGCAAGUUCCUGUUCCUCUCUUCACAUCGUUUCGAGUUACCUUUCAGAUCGGCCAUUACGCCAUUUUUAAUUGUAUUAUUAUAUUUAUAAUAUAAAGUGCAGUUAUUUAAAUAAUAAUUAUCGUUCAAAUAACGUAUAAAUUCUAACAUGGGAGUAAUCGUUGAUACAAUUACACCUGGGGAUGGUCGUACGUUCCCAAAGACAGGACAAACUGUAUCAGUACAUUACACUGGUACUUUACAAGAUGGACAAAAAUUUGAUUCUUCCAGAGAUAGGGGGUCGCCUUUUAAGUUCCACAUCGGUAGAGGCGAAGUGAUCAAAGGGUGGGACGAAGGUGUUGCCCAAUUGAGUCUGGGACAAAGGGCUAAGUUGACGUGUUCUCCUGAUUACGCUUAUGGAUCUAGGGGUCAUCCGGGUGUCAUCCCCCCGAAUGCUACACUUAUUUUUGACGUAGAACUUCUCGCGAUAGAUUAAAUCCACUUAGAAUUGCCUUAGAAAAUAUUCGGUGCAGUUGAUUCAGUUCUAUAUACUUUUUUUUAAUUUGAAUUUCGAAAAAUUAGUAAUUUUUUUUGUUGAUUCGGUUAACUUUUGAAAACGUGCGGUUUUGGAUAACCUUUUUUUUUUUCAUUAAAAUUUACGUCCCGGUAGUGUCAGAAUUGCGCGGGAGCGCGAUAAAGCUUUCGAAUAAUUUAAUUGCAUUUAUUAUUGGUGUUGUGAUGUUCUAAUAAAAAUGACUUGAUGUCA